AUGACCGUCGAUCGUCUUACCGCGUUCAUCAGCUCAGAAUUGAUGCAUGAGAUGAUCCAUCUGGGGGACAGUAAUCAGUUUCCGCUCAUGCUUUCUCCGACCGUUGAGGAGCAAUACAGGUAUAAGGGUUGCAGGAAUAUCGUAGGAACCGAGAUGAAAUGGAAAAACUGCGAUACUUUUGCACUGAUCGCACAGGCAAUUUAUAUGAACGCUUAUUACACCGAUGGCGACAAGCUCAAGAAACUUCCUGAUAACCUUAUUCCACCCAGCGAACAGCGCAAUAUUCCCCUCAAAAAGAGCAUUCAAUGA